UUUCCACCACCGAGACUUGCGGGGCCAGUUAGUACAAAUUUGAAGACGGUGCACGGUGCAAAGAAAUAUAAAUAGUUUAGUAUAAAAAACCUAGAAACUAGAAUUUUCUGUUUUAAAGUGGCAAGGACUUUGAUGAAGUAUAUUGAAGACAUAAAAAUUGAGACUUUUAGUCAAAUUCCAUUUUCUAUAUUAAGUUACGUUCGAGUCUUAACUUAUUUCUUCUUGAUAUUCACAACUGUGUAUCGCACAAGUAAUGCCACACGUGCCGGCAAUAUUAGAAAUUAUAGCAACGGCCAUUUUCACUUUAAACCCAUUUACGUCAUCAACCAAAAGCGUUUCUUCGUCCUCCAUACAUCCCAUAAACCAACUGACAGACAAGCUGUCCUGUUACGCCAAGGAAGAAACCUUCCACUGUUUCACGAAUGCGCAUGCACCCGAACACAUUUUCCCCUCGCUCACUUUUGCGUGCCAUAAUCGAUACGCAAAGGGCGCCUGGCACAUGGUGACCGGAAUGGAAAACAUAUACUCUCUCACGCUCUGCCUUUGCUUGUGAAUUAAAAAAUUGAUCCCUGUUCUCUCAUUACCAUCAUGCAGGAAACGUCAUCAUUUCCAAGGAAGAAAACGCUCUCCCUCUCAUUUCGCUCAGUCGCUUUUCAACCUGUCAGUCGCAGCAAUCGCAAGGCUUCCUUGCUUGGUCUGCCAUGAUGGAAAAUGGUGCGUUCGGGGAAAACUGUCAAACGCUGAGAGGGAGAGCAUAUAUGCCAUACUAUCUUCCCCGAGGAGGAGAUCGGUGCGGGCCAUCGCAUAGACGCAGCCUCGCGUAGUAAUCCAACUGAACGGGCAAACUUCAGUUGAUUUUUCGCUGAGGUUUGCAGUGAAGCAAUAGAUUUGCCAACAUUUGUGUGCUUAACAUUUCCUUCGUGCCGGGGGGGUUGGGAGGAAAACUUUAACCAGUUGGGCCCUCGGUUGGGCCCCGGUUCUGACAAAACAGAGCACGGGUGCGGUGAGCUUAUUAGGUGUGUGCGUGUGCGUGUUUGUGAAAAUUGCAGAAACAUCCUCUGGUGACAGUGAGAAAAUUUCCAGCAGUCGUGCGCUUGAACCACACAAUAGUUCAGUGUUGGAAAAGCUAGUUUUCCCUGAAAGCAAUAUAACCCAUAAAAGGGCAAGUGCGUUGUGUUCGAUAUUUGUGUUACAGGCACGAUUAAUCUACCAUGGCCGAUACGGAGUUUGAGGAACUCCGUCAAAAUCUCGACACAUUGCCAACGUUCCGAAAGGCUCCAGCACCGUUCUAUUCGUAAGUAAAGGCAACGGUGAAAGUGUGCAUGUUAAAGUAGCAAAGGCACCAAACGUAUAAUUUUCUUUAAACUCCUAUUAAAACCACUAACAAGCAAGGAUGGUGAAGGCAGCUUAAUUUUUCCUUCCUUAUUUCCCCCGUCCUUGUGCAAAAAAGAAAAUUCCUUCUGCUUAGUUCGUGUGCAUGUGUGUGUUUACCUGUGUUUAUGAAUGUAUGUGAAAGUGAGCGUGUGUGUGUGUGUGUGCAUUGAAUCAGUUCUACUAGGAAGGAAAAGGCAACAGCAACAAAAAGCCACAGCAGCAUGUCAUCAUCCUUGACACGUUCGAGAGCGAAAGGGGCACCCCGUGCGAGUUUUGCACAUGAUGAUGCAUAAAAUCGUGCCAGACCGCCAGGAGCGUACCCACUGGGCCUAUGGCAUCCCCACAAAAAAAAAAAAACAUCCACUGCGGGACGAUUUGCGUAUUAGUUACGUACGUUCCGUCUGUACGUCGUCAGCAGUGCUCACGGCUACAGUUUUCGUGAGCGCCGCACAGAAGAGGAUGUGGCUGUGUGUACACACCUCUGUUCCGGAUGUGCUGGGCAAUGGAUGCAAUAACAUCUGCCCGUUUUGUAUUGGUUGCGGAUCUAGAUUUGGAUGAUUCGCCAUCCUCGAAAAGUGAUGCAUCAUCCGACCACGAGGAAGAUGGUCCGCUUUCGACGAGCGAUGGUACGGCGGAAUCAGUACUCAAAGGUACGCCCAGCAAGACGCAGCAGAUCAUCCAAACGAUUAGUACGAUCAGUAGCAGUAGUAGUACGGGGGAGGAUGACGAAAUUGGUGACGGGUUGCGCACCGUGACGCUCGGACCACGGAAAUCGUCGAUUGUGACCGACGACGAAGAGUUACUAGUGGUGUCCGGUGGUUCCGGUCCGGAAAGCUUACUGCAGCUGCACCUAACAACACACAGCCCCAGCGUUACGUCGGUGGAUUCCAAGAGCGCGGCAAUAGGUUCCAAUGUGAGUGCAGCACAUCAUCAGCCGAAUGUAGGAGUGUGUGCCGCCGUUACUUCUGUGCCGGCGGAUAUUACAUCGACGAACAGUUCCCAGCUAGCACGGACGAGCUCUCUACCAUGGAUCCCGGGACAGGUGGAGCGAAGAAGGCGCAAGCUGCCGGAGAUUCCGAAAAAUCGUAAAUCUUCCGUGCUACAGCUGCUAGCCGGUCAGACCUCGCUGGCAGACGAGCUGAGCGCCAGUAAUCGAAAGCCACACUAUCCUUCGGCACAGCAUCAUCCUGGUUCGAGCUUCUUCAAACAGAGUUCACUACUCGCACUCAAAUGCAGCUAUCUGCUGGACGAAGACUCGAGCCCAGACUCGGAACGGUUGCAGAGCCUCGGUGAUGUGGAUAGCGGUCACAGUACGGCUCACUCGCCGAACGACUACAAGAGCAUGUCCCCACCUCCACCGCAAGUGGCAUCACCGGUCACGUCACCCUUCCCACCGCCCUACGGUGGCGUACCGUUCAGCCAGCUGGAGAUGCUCGAGGCCACCCAUCGGGCACUGCACAAGUUCAUACCGCGACAUCACGACGAGAUCGAGAUCGAGAUCGGUGAUCCGAUCUACGUGCAGAAGGAAGCGGAAGAUCUCUGGUGCGAGGGCGUGAAUCUGCGCACCGGUCGGCAAGGUAUCUUCCCGUCGGCGUACGCCGUCGAUCUGGACUAUAACGAUUUCGAUCCGACCUCGAUCGAGAUGAAGCGGGAAAGGUAUCUGCUCGGGUACCUCGGUUCGGUGGAAACGAUGGCCCACAAGGGUACCGGUGUGGUGUGCCAAGCCGUACGGAAAAUCGUUGGCAAUGGGACGGAGUCACCGAAGGCGCAGCCCUGCAUACUGGAAAUAUCUGACCAGGGGUUGCGAAUGGUUGACCGAUCGAGGAACAAAAAAUCGAAAGGCCCCUGUAUAGACUAUUUCUACUCGCUGAAGAACGUGUCAUUCUGUGCGUUCCAUCCAAGGGAUCAUCGCUAUAUCGGCUUCAUCACGAAGCAUCCGACAGUGCAGCGGUUCGCGUGUCACGUAUUCCAAGGUACCGAGUCGACCCGACCGGUAGCAGAAGCAGUCGGUCGAGCUUUUCAGAGAUUCUACCAGAAGUUCAUAGAAACCGCAUAUCCGAUAGAAGACAUCUACAUAGACUAAGCAGUUCGGCGGUACGGUUGACAUAAAUUAUUCCAAUGGUCAGAUGAGCUGACCGGUGCUCAUCGAGGAUGUACAACUUCCACCUUAUACGCUCCCCGACUUUAGCCAGUUAAAAUCACGCAAUAGCAUCAUUGGGUACAGAACACACGCUGGUCGUCUAUGUGGAGCAGCCACCUCUAUGUUUGUGCUCAGUUCAACCUCAUUGUGCGUUUCAGUUAGUUACAUGGUGUGGUUAUUUAGACUUUUGUACAGGUUUAGUUCUUAGUAGUUUGUGAUGGCUUCACUAACGCCCCCCCGAAUGAUACCAAUGCAACCAAAGAAGAAUAAAUGUUAGAACAAUUGGUCAGAAGUAACGUACGCUUCGGUGCCAGUUAUUAGAAUAUGUUGUUUAUGUUUUGUAUUUAGAACAAAAAAAAAAGGAUAAGGGAUGCUUUUGCAAUCGCUUUGAUGCAUUUUGUGCCACCGAGGGAAUAAUGUUUCGGUUGCCCUUUACGAUAACGCUAUUAGUGACGAGCAUAUGUACUGAACGGAACGCGGUGCACUUGAACAGAUAAAUACCACUUACAUGCGCACGCUUUCUGAUGGCUUUGCAAAACAUUUUUGUAACGACAAUUUUUUCUUCGAUCUAGUGCAACGUUUUGCUUUUUUUGCAAACGAAUCAUACGAGGUAUGUAGCUAUGCACAACGGUAACAGCAAAGUUGCUGGAAGGCUCAGAUAUCAGAGCAACGCUCACGGUUUGGUUUUUUUUAGAGUGGAACGAUGGUACGUGCAUCAGAUGUGAGGUUAAGAAGAAAUAAAAACAAAAUGAACAAAAGUCGAUUGAAUUGGAUUUGUGACAAAAUUUUUCACAUUUAUAGCAAAGGAAAGAGCGUGCAAUUUGCAGCAAAACUAGUAGCAAAUAUCAUCAUUCCUUUUACAGCAGCUAGUAACACUUUUCCAUAACUCUUGAGACUUUAACGAUAGACAACUCUACAAAAGAAAAACUCCUAAUUCUUCUGCUCUCUAGUCUUACGUCAUUUUCGUUCACUGUACAUAAACGGUAGAUAAUGGAAAACUUGUCACAAAAACCAACAAGAGAUAAAUUAAAGAUAAAAUCCGCAAUGUAAGGAACGAGGAAUGAAUCGAUAGUAGUGCUUUUCUGAUAAAGAAGAAAAAAAAACAAAGAAAAAUUCAGAUAAAUCUAUAUUUAUAGCACAGAGAAAAGCAAAAACAAGCUUAGAAAUAAUGGAAGGUAAAAGAAAAAGGUACAGAUAGAGCUAUUUGCUUGAAUAAGAGCACGAACAGAAAACCCAUGUAAUAUAGUCGCUUCUCUUCCAACCGAAACAAAAAACGCGCUGUUCAACAUAUAAUAAUGGGGCGUAUAGAUUUGACUUGAAACUUAACUAAUGCAAUAUAUUUUUUUCCCCAAUUCAAUACAAAACAAAACAAAACACAUAUACUCAAAGAACAAACCGAGUGAUUCAUGUUUGUUACACUUCAAACGCGUGGAAUGUAAUACAAUCAGCUUCAUUAGGCAGUUGAAUGUUUUCUGAUUUACAUUUCUUCUUCUCUGAUUUUACAUGAUCACUUAAAAUUGUGCAAGUUGUGCUAAGCGAGUGGCUUGAAGGUUGAAUUGAAAGUGCAAAAAAGCUUUAGCGACAAAGAGUUUGAAAAGUGAACAAAACAAAAAAAAAUCAAUGAAACAAAUGCAAAUACAACAUAACUAGUUAAAUCGAUCAUCAGCUUAUUCGAGCUAUCAAAGAAAUAAUACUCUCUACAAAGAAAAGUAGUUACAUUGAGCAUCCAAUGCAAAACACAUAUACACAAGCAAACAAGUAAACACAAACUAAACAAAAACUCGUUGUCGUUCUACUGUACUCAUUUGGGCUCGAAAGGCUAACUAUAUACAUUGUACCAAUAAGUGGAAAACGGAGAAGAAAAAAAGAAAACUACACAAAACAUAUACUCCGAAGCAUUUACACGAAAACUGGUUCACGUAUAAUUGCUAUUUCCUUGUAAAUGGAGAAAAGUUGACAAAAAAACAAAACGCGUUUUACGCAAAAACUUGUUAACUGACACUAACAACAAUCUGAUGAACAAUAACAUUAAAGCAAGUGAAUCUAAAAACAAAAACACGGUAAACAACUCUAUGUUGCACGUACUGUCGAUGCAAACUCACCAUGUAUAGCAUCGUCUCUACUCAAAAGAAUAAGGAGCAAAAGCAAACAAAACAACUGAACAAAUACUUUCUAUUGCACAACUUGUGAGCGAAACAUUCGAGUUGGGAGCACUGAUAUCAGGGAAACUGGAUUACGAAAUGAUGAAAAGUGUCUUUUAUCGUUAGCAAGCGCGUCCCGCAUGGAACGCAACACAGCAGGAUGAGACAACGGUUGCAAAGAUGUGGUGUAAUGGAGGGGUUGUGGGAGUACCGAACAAAGGGGGAAAAGGAGUAAAGCAAGCCUAUAUAAUGUUUAGUGCAAAAUGUACAAGCAAAUAAAUAACUGUGAAAAAGUCAACCUUAA